AUGCCCCAGGGGAAAGCAGAUUUACUUGGAACUACACUGUUCAUUGGUCUGGGUCUCUUUGUUGGAUUGGUGACGACCAUAAUAGUUUCUAUGAAGCUAUGGAGAUGGCCAAGACCUAGACCUCCAAAAUCAAGUAAGUCAAUAAUGAAAUACAUCAGAUGUUAGAUGAUGCGUUCCACUUUUAUGCCCGAGUAUUUUUACUCGGGCACUGUGAGCACACUGUAUUUUGUUUUUAUUUUAGCCCCUGAGCAAUCAAUUCUUUGUUUUUCCCUAUUACUCUCACAUUUCAAAUAGGCGUCUGAUAAGGAGAUAUUGAGUAUAUGUGUAGAGAAUUACUUAUCGGGUACUCAAGGCCUGAGCAGAACACCAUUUUAUGUCGAUACCCGAACACUGUUCAGGUGAACCAAGCGUUUAGCCGUUACCAGACCUUAGCUGUCCUUUUUGCAACCCCUCUGUAGAAGAAAAACCCCUUCGGAAUCAACGCUAGCUAGCGUCUUUUCUUCUUGUUCCAAUACUCAUCGUUUUUUUUUUCUUGCCUCCUAGUUAAAUCUCCCCCAGAUUUGGACGCAGGAGACUUCGAGUAUGAUGUAUUCCUCACAUAUAGCAGAAAAGACUUCUCCUGGGUGGACAAGGAGCUGCUACCUCUAUUUAAUCAUAACCAAGUGAAAUAUUGCGUGGAUUUCAUCCACUUUGAACUUGGCAAAGCGUUUCUACAAAGCAUGGUGGAAGGCAUCUACAAGAGCCGCAAAGUUUUAGCAGUCUGGUCGGCCAAUUACGCUUCUAGUAAAUAUUGCAAACAAGAACUGGACUAUGCCUUACAGCGGAGUUUUGAAAAAAGUGACACAGCAGUGAUUAUCAUUCGCAUCGAUUGGACUGACCCUACACGACUCCCAAAGACUCUACGA